UCCAAUCCGUCGCAACCUGAAUGAGAGAUGAUCAGAGACCCUCCUUUUACAGCGUACAUUGUUGAACACCUCCUGUUCCUCUUCGUCACGUCUGUACCCAUAAUAAGCUCCCGCUCUCACAUUCCACUCCGCAUCAACAUGCUCCACAUUCCUACCCCGGUGGUCACAGGCGAUAGUGUGCGAUUGCGGUGUGGCUACGAGUUAGGGAAUGAAACACUGUACGCUGUCAAGUGGUACAAGAACAUGGGGGAGUUCUUUCGGUACGUUCCUGCCUCUGAUCCCCCGCUCAAAGCCUUCCCUCAAGUUGGAAUCGACGUCGACAUAUCCAGGUCAGACAAUAGCACAGUAUAUUUAAGGAACUUGAGUCUGGAAAGCUUUGGCAACUACACGUGUCAAGUUUCCACGGAUAAACCAUUUUUCCGAUGCGUCCAAACCACAAGGCCACUUGAAGUAGUAGUACCACCUUCAGAUGGCCCCGUUUUAAUGGAGGAGAAGUCAGACUACGAACUGGGAGACAACGUCUCCAUCCUCUGCAAUUCAGGGAAGUCCAAACCUGCUCCAGACCUCAAGUGGUACAUCAACGACCAAUUGGCUCCAUCUUCGUUAUCUGAUCGGGAGACAGUGGUUUACCCAGAUCAACUGGAGAGUUCCAGUCUCGCCCUCCGGUUCCGACUGCGGCCGGAUGUUAUUCACGAUGGGAAAGUGGUGCUCAAAUGUGUAGCCUCCAUUAAUCACAUACGUGCCGUCACCAUUAAAGAGAUACGUGCACACGGAGUAAAACAAGCAGAAUCUUACAUAUGGCUCUUAUGGGCGGCAGCGAUAAUGGUUUUAUACUUCCAGGCGUCACAGACAAAACAUCCGUUGUGAAAUCAUC